AUUUCUGAUUACUUCUUCCAGAAUGACGAUAGGGUAUCAAUAAUGGCUUCACUAGCUCAGUCUGACUACUGCAAAAAAGAAAAUUUGGACCCCGAAGAUCCAAGAUGUGCCAGAGUUAUGAUUUCCGGAACAUUCAAAAAGAUUGAAAAAUCUUUCCCAGAAUAUGACUUUGCCCUUAUGUCUUUGUUUGAAAGACAUCCAGUAAUGAGGAAAUGGCCCAAAGGUCAUUCGUUUUAUCCAGCAAAGAUAGAUAUUCAGCAGAUACAGCUUUUCGAUAAUUUUGGUGGAGUCAAACAAGUGACCCCUAAGGAAUACUUCGAUGUUAAUAUCACCAAUAUUUUGAAUAUGAAUUUAAAUUUUGAUAAAAUAUUUAUAGUUGAUGUCACUACUGUUUAGAACUCAAGAAUAUUCCAGGUCUUACAAAAUUG